AUGCAGGAUAGCCCGCUAUCGAUCACCGCUAGCAUCACCGGCAUUCUCACCUUCAUUGCGGCGAUAUGUGCGUUUAUCUACGUCCGGUACAAUACCUUACGGAAUGGUGGGAUGGAAAUUGGCACUAUCAUCGAUUCAGUCACAGCAACAAUCGAGGAGAGUCGAGCUAUAGCGCUGUCAGGGCCAGCCACGCAGCCUGGUGACGACCCUGAUUCUAGUCGGUUGAAAAAACUUGUGUCAGAACUAUAUUCAACCGAGACCGACAUUCUUGCUCAGUGUACGAUCGUAUUCGGCAAGGAUUUGGGGAAACUGCAAUUGGGCUCGCGACCUAGCGGAAGUACUAGUACUAGUGCGACCUGGAAGGACGUGGUGAAGGAGGUGGAUGACGCCCAAAAGAGAUGGCAGCAACAGCAGCGUCGAAGACGAUAUGGAUUAAGAGUAACUGAGAAAUACUUCAGGCCCGUAAUUGAUCUCGUUGAUAGCUAUCCAACAGGCUGGGCGAUUACGAUAUCGGUGCUCAGCCUUGGGGCAACCCCAACAAUGAUUCGCUGGUACAGGGCACGAAAAAAGGUCUUCGAGAUGAUUCAGCAAAGGGAAAUCAUUCGAUCGCGACUACUGUUCCACCAGAUUUCCAUUGCAAACCACCAGAUUAUCGUUGCAAAUUCGAUUGCUAGAAAUCAGGAAAUGAUGGUUCGCGACUUGCUGGAAGAGAACUCUAAACUUGAGUCCAGGCUGAGCAUGCUGAGUAAUAUCGCUGCACAUACAAACCAAUGUGUAGAGCGAGUGGCGCAUGAUAACGAUGAAAUCAAGGGUCUCAUCCUUACUUUGAUAAACUCGGCGUACCAGCAGGAUAGGACCCAAAAGCCCGACACAGUGCACUUCCGUAGCUCGAGCGGAUCAUUGAAUGAUUCAGACCCGGCAAACCAGCACGAUAGAACCCAGAAGCCGGGCACUGUACACUCCCGUAGCUCGAGUGGAUCGUCGAGUGAUUAACCUCAUGUGCUUGCGCCGGGCGAAGGCAGAGAUAUGUUAGUGCAUUAAGCAGAAGCAAAGCUAGAUGAUACAAGGAAAAGUAACUACCUUCAAGAGGAAGCAGCGACUGCCCGUUACAAAAAGGAGAAGUGGUCGGUAAAACUACUCCAGAACACCUCGUGUGAGGAGUCAUAUAUUGUCUAUAAGACUUCAAGUCUUUCCGUAUCUUAUGUUCCAAGCC